ACAUAACAUGUUGUAAUCUCGCUGGCAGACAUUGUACAUCGGCAUGGAUAUCGACGAGGAAGAGUUUGAGGCACCAACGUCGAGCAGUAGCCGAGGUGAGCGGAAGCGUUUCGAGGUCAAGAAGUGGAAUGCGGUAGCGCUGUGGGCUUGGGACAUUGUGGUGGACAACUGUGCCAUCUGCCGGAACCACAUCAUGGAUCUUUGUAUAGAGUGCCAGGCUAAUCAAGCAUCGGCCACCAGUGAGGAAUGCACAGUUGCCUGGGGAGUUUGUAACCAUGCGUUUCACUUCCACUGUAUCUCCCGGUGGCUAAAGACCCGGCAGGUAUGCCCGCUGGACAAUAGAGAGUGGGAGUUCCAGAAGUACGGCCAUUAAAGGCCGGACCAUAGACUGGGA